AGGAGAGCGUUAAAAAAUGCACGGCAGCUGGGAGUCGGGGGAGGCUCCGGUGCCGCCGUCAGAUCAGCUACAGCAGCAGCCGAUUAUAAUGGAGGAUAAUCAUCCCCUCCAGUCGCCAACCCCGCCCGCUUGGGGUAGCACGGAUAGAAGAGCGAAGGAAGAGGCAACCGACGACAAGAACAACGACUCAGGCGUCUCCCCGGGGCACUACACGUCCUCAGCUUCUCCGCGAAGCGAGAGAUCCUCCCCCACUGGCACCAGCGGUUUCUCACCAGGAAGCGCGGCAUCCAGCGAUUUCCAGCCGACGCCCGGCUGUAGCUACGAUUACAGUUUGCAGAGUCGCUUCAACAACUGCCCAUCGCCCCUGAACUUCUCCAGACUACCAGUAAUGACCGAUCAGCCAGGGCCGUCCGGGCUGCAUCAGCCGAUGGACGUUGAGAGCACGAAUAUUGGAAGUGAUUCGUCCGAGGAGGGCCAGGAGCAUCUGCAAUGCCCUGUCUGUCAGUUCACAGCAGAAAAUGGAUUACAGCUUCGUGACCACCUGACAGGCCACUGCACGAGCACUGACACCCCAGACUUCGCGCACUCGCUCUUCCCCCAGCUCUCCCCCUCGGCGAAUCCCCAGCUGAGUCCAAUGGACGACAUCAAUCGGGCAUCGACAUCAUCGGGUUCCGGGCGCUCCGAGCACGACUACGAGGACAUCGACGAGCCCGGUAUUCGCACACCUCGAGUCAACUCCCAAGGGAAAGUGAAGACCUACAGCUGCAAGCACUGCAGCUUCGUAGCUGUGACGAAGGUCGCCCUCUGGGAGCACGCUCCGCUCCACAUCAAGGCCGAGAGGCUCCUGAGCUGCCCCAGGUGUCCCUUCGUCACCGAGUUCAAGCACCACCUCGAGUACCACAUUCGCAAUCACUUCAAGUCGAAGCCCUUCAAAUGCGACAAGUGCUCGUACUCCUGCGUCAACAAGUCCAUGCUCGCCAGCCACAUGAAGUCCCACUCCAACGUCUACCCGUACAGAUGCGCCAUGUGCCCGUUCCAGGCAAAGUACCAGCACGCUUUGAAGCAGCACGUGAAGAAUCGCAAGCACGAGGUGGGAAUUGUGCUGAAUCCAGACGGCACACCGAACCCCCACGCGGUGGUGGAUGUCUACGGUACGAGGAGGGGGCCCAAGCCGAGGCCAAUAGCCCCAAAGCCCCAGGCACGGCCUCCCAGCAAUGCCCAGAGCCCCCAGAUGAUGUCGCAGAUGGGGGUGUUGACGCCACUGUCGGUCCCCACUGGGUUCAACCCGUUGAUGGCGCUCAACCCCCUGAACUCCAUCCUCUCUGGUUUUCCGGUGGUCAACCAAUUCGGCAGAGAUGGUGUGGAUAAUAUGGAGGGACUCAGGGCGAGUAUCUUGGCUCAGUAUGCCACGGCCAUGGCUGCUGGCAGGCUCAAUGCUAAUCUGCCUCAGAAUGGCGUGAAUUACGGACACUCUGGGAGUGGAANGAGAGGACGAAAUUCGUCUCUCUUCGGAAUUUUUACAGCAGAGGAAUCAGGCGUCGGUUUUUUAUCUCUUGUAUCGAGAUUUUUUUUUGAGGCAGCUCGUAAUCCCUAG